AUGGCGGAACCUGCGCCUCAGAAGCCGCCACAAUCUGCAGACAGGACACCGCCCAAGAGCCGACCGGACGCUGCUGCGGUUGAUGGAAUCGCCGCAGCGGGUCAAAAGGGCGUCGAAACCGCCAAGUCAGGGCCAAGCCCGAAGAUAAUGAAGAAAGGCCCAGCGCGAAGUCCGAAGCGGACGCAGGGGCCAAGGAGCCAGGAGAACGAGACCGUUGCCGGCUGGGUGGAGCAUGACACUCGCAUCCGUCGCGCGAUGCCUUUGAACCCAACUUCGGAGGAAAGAGCCGAGAAAGCGCACCUGGCUGUCCACCCUGCCCUCGAAGCAGCUCGUGCAAAGGGCAAAAGGCUUCGAGGUGUGAAGAGGUAUGCCGGGAUCGGGGCGCAAGCCUCCUCUGUGGACCAAGUGAUUUUUGGACGUGACAUGGAUUUUAGUGGAGACGGAGACGGCGCAGAUCUCGCAGAGUACGACGGGCGUGCCGGUCUCUCCUCUCAGUCCGUGCCACGUGCAGGUGGUGUGAAGAAGGUAGACGCUCCGAAAGAGGCCUGGAUCAGCCUCGGCAGAGGUGCCAAGGAGUCCGGGUCACCAAGUGACUGUCGUCAUUCAUCCGGUAACUCGAACACGAAAGGCCCACUACCUCCAAAUCAAAGCCAUGGUGUUGCCGAGGUCUUUGGGCAAGGCUGCCCGUCCCAAGUUGAGCAGCAGCAAAUCCAGGCAGCACGAGUGGCAGUCUUUGGCAAAGAUUCUGCCGGCGCACCAUCUUGGAAGUCCAAGGCCGCGAAGCAGGACGGUCGAGGUGGGGCCAAUCUGGUUGGUGCUGUCGUCUUCGGCCAAGGCACCGGCCCACCCGAGACAGGCUCUGUGGCUGACUCCCGCAAGCGACGUGUCGAUCCGAAGGUCUGCUUUGUUGACACUGCUGGACAAACGUCUGCAGAAAUCCACGUUGACAAGGGGAAGAGGGUUGGCACGCAAUGGAAGGACACCUCCGGCUCUGCUGGCUGCCGCAGCGAGAACCUCUGCACUUUGCGAGCGGGCUGGCAUCCGGAAGCUCGGGACAGGUUGGUGAAAGCCGCUUCAGGUUUUCACGAGCCAGCUUGCGCAAUGAAAUGUACGACUGACAAGGUUGUGUAUGGCCAGCUGACCCCGCGGCAAUCAGAGCCACUAUGGGCUGAGCGCAAGGCCAACAUCCUGCGGGAGUAUCCAGGGCGGAAGCACUUGGGAGCACUGGGCAUGCCCUUCAUGGCGCAGCAAGCAGACAUCUUCAGUGAUGGCUCCCGGCGAACGGCUACCCCACCGCCUUCUUCAGCAUCUUGUUUAGCCACGCCAAGGGGGCAAAACCGGUCUGUAGCCAGCUUGUUUGACGGUUCGGCUGGAAAGCCCACAGCGCUGGCAGAGUGGGACCAGCCUCGACCUACCCGGGCGCGAACGCCCCCACCUGUGCGGCGUUGCGCGGAGGACGGCGCGGGCGCGGGCCCUCCUGGCCAGGUCCGGAGGACGAAAGAUGCGAGUAUGCCGCUGACAGAGCGUCAGCAUCCGCUCUACGGCCGCUCCAACGUCGCAUGCCUUCUCGGAGAAGCCUGA